CCUGAAUCGGUGUGUUUGCACUACUCCACAAAAACUAGCUGAGCGAUUCGUAUUUCAGAAGCUUAUUAGGCCGCCUGGGUUCACAUUUUUAGUUUUCUGGCCCGUGUCCUUAAUGGUUUACAGGUCAAGUUCAGGUCGACCGAGUAUACACGUACGAAGAGCCUCAUCAGACCAAUAUUGAUGGUCUGACAUAGGCUUCGGAUACGAGGACUCGAAGGACCGAUUAAUAGGCACGUCAAAUUACAUGCUCUUUAUUUUUGAAAGUUGGCGUAUAUAUGGGUGUUCGUACUCCACAACAGACCCCAUUUUUGCCCCAAACGAGGCUUAUCUCGCUUCUGGGGCCGCAUCGACAUGUCGAGCGUCACCUAGGCCGCGCUGCAAGCUUGAUCUUGCGGACGAUUUUGUAGAUGCGAUCGAGCUUUCGCCCGUGACGCCUGUAGAAAAGCAGAACGAUGAUUUAGUGCUUUCAUGCGCGCAGUCCCAGGUGAAGCGCAAAACGCAACAAACGCGGGAGAUGAUCCAGUUUGCGGCGCUGUGUUGGUUCGUCUAUCUGGAGGGCUGGAACGAUGGAUCGAAUGGCCCCCUGCUGCCGAGGAUUCAGAAAGUUUAUGGGGUUGGAUAUGCUGUUGUAUCUCUUAUUUUCGUUUUCGCCUGCUUGGGUUUUGUCAUGGGUGCCGUCUCUAAUGUAAUCCUUGCCGAGAAACUGGGAUUCGGAAAAGUAAUGGUACUAGGUUCCCUAUUACAAGUCUUGGCAUACUGUAUCGAGUCCUCGGGGCCCCCCUUUCCCGUGUUUAUAUUUGCGUUCUUCAUGAACGGAAUAGGACUGGCUCUACAGAAUGCAAAUUCGGUUGGGUAUGUUGCUUCCCUCAAAGAAAAUACAGCAGUGAAGAUGAGCCUUUUCAUGGCAGUAUAUGGGGCCGGGGCUCUUUCAUCUCCUCUGGUUGCCACUCAAUUUUCACAUCUACCUCAAUGGAAUCUACAUUACUUGACGUCCCUUGGAAUUGCGAUCACCAAUACGAUCGCCUUGAUUACGGUCUUCCGGUUGAAGCCCCAGAGAGAAUGUCUUGCCGAGAUAGGUAUCGUUGACGUGGAUAACGGUACAAGCGAGCAUAGUCACCUCAGGCAGAUAGUGGCGAACAAAGAUGUCCAUCUUCUGGCAGCAUUCGCUCUGCUCUACGUCGGAGCCGAGGUUACUAUCGGCGGCUGGAGUGUUACCUACGUUAUUGGUGUCAGAGGUGGAGGGCCUUCAUCUGGUUAUAUCUCUACUGGAUUUUUCGGCGGUCUCAUGGCUGGCCGAGUGGUCUUGCUAUGGUGUAAUGAAAAGAUUGGAGAACGGCUGGCCUUGUUUAUCUACGCCGUUCUGGCUAUCAUCCUCGAGUUAGUCGUAUGGUUCGUUCCAUCUUUGGUAGGCGAUGCAGUUGCUGUCUCUGUCAUUGGCGUGUUGCUGGGGCCAAUGUAUCCAAUUGCUAUGAACCAUGCAGGACGCGUUCUUCCUCGCUGGUUACUUACUGGUGCUAUUGGUUGGGUUGCAGGAGUGGGGCAGGCAGGCUCUGCAUUGGUCCCGUUUAUGACGGGUGCUAUCGCACAAAAUUCUGGAAUUAAAACCCUGCAGCCUGUAUUGGUUGGGAUACUGUGUCUUAUGACUGUGUUGUGGGCGCUGGUGUCCCGUGGUUCGCGUCGCCCGGAUUGAAGGUUUGAGAUUGAAGUUAGGUUGUACAUAUAGAGAGGCAUAUGGGGUUACACGUUUGACUGCACCGGUGUACUAGUAAGUAUGCUCAGAUCUAGAUCUCCGUCCGAAGUUAGUAUUAGUCAUGUUUUACACUUUUUACGUACAGAGUUAUAAAAUGAUUAUCAGGAUUC